AUGGCGUGCACUGUUGAAUCAGAGAGACUCGGUGUCUUGCGGGGCCUAGAGGUGAAAUCGAAGGACUCGGACUCGAGCAUCUACUAUUAUGGAAGUGUCCCGUAUGCCUUGGCCCCAGUUGAAGAAUGGCGGUUUCGCCGGCCAAGGCCCUUGCCCCAAAGCUAUCGAUAUCAUGGGACUUACACAGGAAACACCCCGGUCUGUCCACAGCCAGAAUGGCUCGGUUCCCGUCAAGAAAAGCUAUGGGAUGAGGACUGUCUCCGCUUAAACAUAUACAUUCCUGCCGGAAAGCCGCCCUCGGAGGGCUGGCCAGUUUUCUUCUACAUUCAUGGCGGUUUCUUACAAUGGGGCAACCCCAAUAUGGCACCCGAAGAUAUCGCACCGCUACUGACGGAGACAGCGUUUCGGUGCAUCAUUGUCCAGCCAGCCUACCGCCUCAAUGCUUUUGGUUUCCUGGCGAGCCACGAGCUGCAAGCUGAAGCCGAAGGUCACGGCCAUACCGCGGGCAACAAUGGCUUCUGGGAUCAGCGUGCGGCCCUCGAGUGGACUCAUGCGAACAUUGGAGACUUCGGAGGAAACCCUCGCAACAUCACAGUUGGGGGCUACUCAGCUGGUGCGCAUAGCACGUUCCAACAGCUUGCCCACGAGCUCUACUUUGUGCCAGCCGACAAGGCGAUCAUCCGGCGGGCGAUCAUGUGGAGUAACAGUCCAGGAAUUCAGCCGAAAGACAUGCAAGAACAGCAAAAGCAGUUUGAUGAACUGCUCUCGGCGCUUGGGAUCUCUCUUGGACUCUCUGCUUCGGAGAAGCUGAAGAAGCUAAGACAGACCCCUGCACGGGACAUCAUCGAUGCUCAAGCCGAGAUGAAGAUUACAGAUUUCCGUGCGACUACGGACAACUCCUUCAUCUCGGCCGAAAGUAUAGCCCACAUCAAUUCGGGGGACUUCGCCCGACGAAUGAAGAGUCGAGGCAUCAAACUAAUGAAUGGAGAAUGCCAGGACGAGCACAAUCUCUAUCGCGCCUGGCGGACGGCCAAGGACUCUUACGACGGUCUCUACACCAGGCUAUGCGCAGACUAUCCAGAGAGAGCUGUCCAGAAGUUGCUACGGUAUUAUUGCGGCCCAUCACAGAGCCUUCCCCCCGGGUACACGAGCUGGCAGGAUCUCUUCGGGCACGCCUAUGCCAACCUGCAAGUUCAUUGCAUCGAGCGUGGGUUUCACAAUAAGCUCUCGACGCAGUUACAGCCCGGCAGGGACCUUUUGAGAUACAGAAUCGAGUGGCGCGCUGGAUGCGCUGGCUAUCCGCCCGAGUGGGGUGUCACCCACGCAACGGACAUGGCUAUCUGGUUCUGGUAUCCUGAUCUCACAGACGAGGAGAAGAAGAUCCUAAAGCCCUGGAACGAGGCGUUCGCUCGGUUUGUCAAGGGCGAGCAUGCCGACUGGGGAACAAAGAACAUGCAGGAGAUGAGACGAUUGCGACCUGACGGACAAACUGAUAUUUUGAAGGUCGAUGAGAAGUGGGAGGAAGGUUUGCAUGUUUGGAAACUUGUCAACGGGAGCGACGACAAACCGCAGCUUUAA